GGAAAGCGUCAUACCGGAAGUCCACAGUAGCUGCUGUUAGCAUUUGUGGACAGAAGCGACGGACUUGUAGUUUGUCGAAAUUUAGGUGUCUUGUUUUCACUUUUUUUCUCGACCAGUUUGCCUGGUGGUCGACUUAGUGAUGGACAAGCUUCGUCGUGUUUUAAGCGGCCGAGAAGACAAUGAAGAGCUGGGUCUCACAGCGCAGGUCCUUGAUGCCAGCUCCCUCAGCUAUGGCACCAGGAUAAAAUGGUUUGUCAUCUGCUUUGCUGGAGGCAUCCUGUGUUCAAUCCUGGGCACCGCUUUGCUGUUUCUUCCCAAUGGGAUCAAGCUUUUUGCUGUUUUCUACACACUAGGAAAUGUUGCAGCUUUGGCCAGCACCUGUUUCUUGAUGGGACCAUUAAAGCAGCUGAAGCGCAUGUUUGAACCAACAAGAUUGAUAGCCACUAUUGUUAUGCUGCUCUGCCUCGCCUUAACACUUUGUGCAGCAUUUUGGUGGAAAAAAAAUGGAUUGGCCAUCAUCUUCUGUAUUCUGCAGCUUUUGGCGAUGACUUGGUAUAGCAUCUCCUACAUUCCAUUUGCCAGGGACGCAGUCAUCAAGUGCUUCACCACCUGCCUGAACUGAAGCAAGCUUUCCAUCAACGCYGGUCCCAGUCUGCAAACCUGCAAGAACAGAGACUUUGUAAAAUAAACAUUUUUUUACUCUUUAUUCCUCCACACGUUGUCUGCACUGGACUGUGAAUACACACUUCUCACAUUUAGCUAAAAGCUUUAGUCUGUAAUCAGAACCUAACAGCCGCUGUUCAUGACAGUAAAGCUUCUGUCUGUGAUUACUAAUAUAUUUAAGAUAUUCCUUUAUAUUCUGAGGAUGUUUUUUAUUAUUCGUUUGCAGGGAAAUGAUUUUCACUUCGUUUUGCAAAGCGUCUUACAACAAAAGUGCCUUAAUGCUGUAAUAAAAUAAAGGUAUAUCUUUAUAUUUAUGCCAAACCUUUGUAUAUUUACAUUUUUAAUGAGCAUUGGAAGCAUUAGAAACCUAACCAUUGUUUUGUGUGUGAGAGUUUUUGUAAAAGCUCAUAUGAAUGUUUUUAACUUUUGAGCCACUGAUAAACCCUUUGGGAUGCAUAAAGCCCACGUUUCUUUGGAGAUUCCAUUUUUUUAAAUCUAAUUAGCUUUAAAUGCUGCUUUUGUCUCUUCUCUUGGUCUUAAGUGUUCCCUGAAACACGCUGGCAUCCCCCCACACUCCCCCCACCCACUCAAUAAAUUACAUUAAAAAUG